AGCGUUUGAAACUGGAAGGAACAAUUUACGAAAGAUUCUUGUUGAAUGGAUUAAAGGCAGAUCUUAUUUAAGGAUUUCAUUGCAGUGAAUCAAUUAGUGACAGAAAAAGAAGCGAAUGACUACCCAAGUAACACAAUAGCACUUUAAUAAACCCUGCGUGCUAAUGUAGUGCUAUUAUACAGCUACCAUGAUUUAUUUCAGCCGUGUAAUAGCUUUAUAUGUCCAGAAAGGCGAAUUAGCGUGCUAGUGGUUACUUAGGUUACUCAGUGUCGAAAUCGAUAAUUGCUACCAAACAGUGAAGCCACGAGGGGGUGGCUAUUGAGGAACAUAUACAAGGAGAUUUGUCGUCGUCGCGGGCUCUGUGAUCGAGUGGGAAAAGAAGUUGGAACACGAUCAACGGAUCACUGGUUCAAGUGGUGGAUCGAUCCACACGGUGUGCUUUGUUUCAUAUUCAUAUCAACAUUCAGUGGGGGAGCAAGCCCAUCAGCGUUAGUAGCAUUUUGUGUGCCACCUGACGGUCGCAGUGCAGAAACGGAUUUAUUAAAGAAGAAGAAGAGCAAAAGUGAUUCCGCGCCAUCAGGACGGGACUGGCAUUCAUUAUCGGAAACGUAUUUAUUGAUUUCUGUCAUAAUUCGAUGUGCAUAUGAAUACCUAUCCGGAUUUGGAUAUUUAGUUUUCCGGGUUUGAUUAGUGAUAAGUGUUUGUUAAGUGAUUUGAAAGGAAGGCAGAAAAUCUUCAUUUUGAAGCAGAAGGAGUAGCAGUUAUUCAACUAAUAGAUUGGAUAGAAGGAUGAGAUUCCAGAGAACGUGGAUGUUGGUGGCCGGAGUGGCCGUACUCCUGGCAUGUUCCACCGAGGCGCAACAACAGCAGCGUAGACUUCGGGUACGUCCGCGAGUUUUGCAACAACAGCAACAGCAGAACAGUGCCGAGUUGGACAGUGCCGAAGAACAGGACAACCGUCCACAGCAAGCCGUACAGUACUACCGUGCCCAACCUCGCGAAGAUGAAGACCCACGGCAACUGGUUUUAGUGGCUAGCGAAGAGGACUACAACGGACAGUAUGGAGCUCCAACUCAACGGGCACGAGCUGAUACCUACCGACCGGCUGUGAAGGUCACAACUGCUGCUCCAGUUGCUGCCCGCCAAAAGGUUCAAGAAGCUAGAGCCCCACCAGUACAAACCAUCCGUAACUACAACAAGGUGAACGACGAUGGAUCAUUCACCUUCGGUUACGAAGCUGCUGACGGAUCGUUCAAGGAAGAAACCCGUGGAACCGAUUGCGUUGUUCGAGGCAAGUACGGUUACAUCGACCCAGACGGUAACAAACGUGAGUUCACCUAUGUGUCUGGAAACCCAUGUGACCCUAACAACCCAGAAGGUAGCGAAGAAGAAGAAGAAAAGUCUGAGGAGGAAUCCAACGAGAACAUCCCCCAGAACUACCCCAGAAGACCAGUAGCUCCUCGUCCAACUCGCCCAGCCCCAGUCCCAACCACUCCUCGCCCAACGACCACCGUCUUCCAAAACAACUACAACUCUGGAUACAACCAGGAAGAAUCCGAAGAAGAAGUUCAAAUCGGUCAACGUGCCCGUCCAGCUGCCCGUCCUUUCGCUAACCAACAGCCACAAACCGUUACGCAGCGCCCACGAGUCCAGAUCGUCAGCACCACCCCCAACACCAUCUACCACACACCAACUCAGACCGUUCCUGUGAACAUCACUCCAAAACCAAUCUACCGACUCCCAGCCCAAAACACCCUCCAGACCCAACCCCCACCAACGACCUACCGCCCAGAUACUACCACCGCUGGAUUCUUCACCACCACCAAGGCCAACACCCUCCUGGGAGGAACCCGUCAACCCCUCGACUUUGACGCAGAAUUCAAGAAAUUCCAGCAGGAGAACAAGGUCCCAUCCACAACUCCAUCCAAGCCAUUCUCGUCAUCCACCCCGAAACAGCCCACUACCAACGCCAUCUAUCAGACUCAGCUCGUAUACGAUCCACAAACCGGCCAGUACGACACUGCCCUCUACCAGCAGCUGCCUCAAGGCGACGGUGACUUCCAGCUGAAUCAUCGCAUCCAGCCAUACGUCCACAACCCCGCCCAACAUCAACAACCUCAGCUGGUUUCCCUGGAUCACCUCCAACAGCAGAGCCCCCUGUACCGAACUCAACCACAACCGGCCCCAGCUCAGGUCCAAAUCCCCCAACAGCUCUACCAGAAGCAACAGAACGAACUGCAGUUCAUCAACAGCCAGCAGCUAUUCGCCCAGCAGCUGGAACUCCAGCAGAACCAACUGCGUAACGAUCGGUUGGAAGCCGCCAAGAAGGGCAACGGACCUCAACAGCAUCGCUUCCAGGCGUCCUCUCCACAGGUUCAGCGCGUUCCACAGCCUCAGCAGUACUACUACAUCCAACCUCAGCAAGGCCAUGCCAGCGGACAGAUCGAUGCCUUCCUGAGGGGACACAAUAUUCAGUACUAAGUCCCUACAACUCCCCGCAUCCCCGCAGAUCCCCACAUAUCCCCCCCCCAAAUCCUCACUCAUACACACAUUAGCUAGAGAGUUUUGUGUUUUGUCUAGUUGUUUAGUCUGCGAAGCGAAGCCAUCUAUUAUUUUUGUGUCGUGUUAAGGUUUAAUUUAAAUGCUGAGUUUCUGUUCCCUGUUUCCCUCUUCUUAGUCCGGACCCUAUUUAUCCCCAAGCUCUGUUUUUUUCCCAAGAAAUUGAUAUAAGACUUAAUACUAUUUAAUCUGUUAAGUUGCCGAAGCGUAGAACAUAUCUCUAGGACUCAAACUGUUCUUAUUAUCGACGUAAGGAAGGGUAGUCGUUCGCCGAACAAAAAAUGGAGCAAAAUGUUAUUAAAUAUUAUUCUUGAUAAGAUGUUCGUGUACAUAAGAAGAUGCUUCAACUCUAAAUGUAGUUCUUUUGAAGUUCGAAAAAAACAAAAUCAAAAACGCACUCCAUCACAAGUCGUUUGAAAAAUUUGGUAAAACAAAAGAAUCGCUAUUCCAGUUGUCCGACAGUUUGUCUUCUGUCAGCACAUUAACUUGGAAUCGGAGCGAGCAAAGCUAUUACUAUUCUGUAGUUUGACGGUGGAAUACACGGUGUGACCCGACUGGUGGGCGCGCUCUCCCCUCUAACUCUAUUGAUUAUUAGGUUUACUGUGUAAUACGAGUACGACGAGUUCAAUGCCAAUAAAGAGAAAUAAAUGGAAAAUAUAUAAAACAAAA